UGUAACUCCCUGCACUCUUUCUCUAUAUAAUAUAUCUGAGCAUCGCUCAUUGUACUGUAACUCCCUGCACUUUUUCUCUACACUCCCUGCUUUUUAUAUAGCAACCCCUAUUUUAUGUUCUGUAACUCCCUGCUCUCCCUGUAUAGCAGCAUUUUGUUUAACCCCAUGCUGCCUAGUACAUGAUCAGGAAUAGGCUGCUGUCUAUAGAGUGCCCCCCAUUCACAUGACAUGGCAGUGUCCAUAGGGUGUAGCAGUUUGGUGUAUGGGGAAGACUCUAGGGGUGUUGGGAGGGGAAAGGCUCCUAUUAUGGAGGGAUGAAACAUGUAUAAGUUAGACACAGGGAGGCUGGGAUGUGGCAGUUGAGGGGUAGAGACAAGGGGUACACUGACUGCUAGGGGCGACUCUUGGCGUCUGGUGCCCCCUGAAUGCUGGGAAGACAUGGAGGACAAACUGUGGAUCUUAGAGGAUCUGAACAUGAUGUAUAUACGACAGAUCACCCUCAGUCUGCAGGACACAGACAUACAGAGGAGAAUAGACCAUGAGGUUCGCAUGAGGGAGGGGGCAGUGAAGCUGCUGGAGGUCUCGACUCAGAGGGAACAGGCUCUAGAGGCAGCAAAGAGUCUCCUGGUCUGUAACAGCCGAAUAAUGACUUAUAUGUCUGACCUCCAGCACCGCAAGGAGGAGCAGGUUCUGCAGCACAAUGCCCGCAGGCCCGUGGAGUCGGGGGGUACAGAGGACAGACUGCCCUGCAAGGGGAAACUUUCGGUAUCAGAUCUGCGCAUCCCCCUCAUGUGGAAAGAUAGUGAAUAUUUCAGAAACAAAGGAGAGUUACAUCGCUGUGCCGUGUUCUGUGCGCUCCAGCUUCGUGGGGAGGUCUGGGACACAGAACUGGUUUUUGUGGACCGAACUUCCACCGACAUCUGCUUUGAGAACCCCAUUGUAUUCUCCGAUGUGGAUCCUGGAUUUGACCUUCACCUUCAGUUAUACAGCUGCUCUGUGGAUGAAGAUUUCUCUCUCUCAGGGACCCCCAGAAGGUUGUCCACCAAACUGAGUAGUUCCCUUGGACGGUCGUCUGGGCGCAGUGUCCGAGCUGCUUUGGAUGGGACUCAAGGGAGCCCCUUUAGCAAUGGAGGAGGAGGACCAGUCUUACUUACAACACCUAGUGUGCAAGGUCCCAAAUUUCAGCUCUUGGCUCACACUCAUCUGACACUUGCUGACGUACAAGAUGGGUUCCGCACCCAUGAUCUGACCAUUAGUGGGACAGAGGAGAGCUCUGGUUGGCUGCCUUUAUAUGGGAGCGUUUGUUGUCGUCUCACUGCCCAGCCCGACUGCAUGAACCAGGAGAUGAUGUCGGGCUUCCUACAGAUACAGGCCCGGGAGCAGCACAGUUGGGAGCGGGAGUUUUGUGUUCUACGUGGGUGCCGACUGCUCUGUUUCCGUCAGCGCAAUAAAGUGGAUUCAGCAUCAGAACCAGAACUCACAAUCUCUGUUAGUAAGGAGACCAGGAUCAGGGCUUCAGAUCGUGAUGGGCCAAGUCAGGUUCAUAGUCUGUCCAUUACUAACCAGUACGGCUGUGAGGAGGUGACCCAAAUGCUCAGGGCUGAGAGCAGAGAGGAUCUGCGGCUCUGGAUGGAGGCAUUUUGGCAGCACUUCUAUGACAUGAGUGAAUGGAAACAAUGCUGUGACGACCUGAUGAAGAUUGAAACUCCUGUAACCAAGCGCACCCCACUUGCACUCUCAAAGCAGCGCUCUCUCUACCAUGAGAUGGCUAUUGAAGGCCUUGGCCCAAUUCCUGAUCUUCUGUCCCAAAGAAUGAAAGAGUUUGAACUGCAGAGGGGCCUAGACCCCACACCCUGGACGUCCCUGUUCCCCAGCCCAAGUUCUGCCCUUCCUUCCUACUCCUCAUCCUCAGAUUGUGACAGCCCCCCAAGCAGACCCACCAGGACUCGCCCACGGACACACUCUCUGGAUGCCAAACUGACUUCUCUAAAGAGCCGGGCAUUGAGGAGCUGUGAGGGGCAGAAGACCCCAUGCAGGAGUUCACAGGCCCCCAGACCAGUCAGUCCAUCCCCAGGGCCACGGGGCUCUAACAGCAGUGGCAGCAGCACCCCAGAAUCUGAGCGGGGGGCCCAGAGCCGCAUGAGUGCCAGGAAUCUAAAAAAUAGGCUGGACCCUCGCAACUGGCUACAGAGUCAAGUGUAACUGUUCCUCUGGGGUGGAAACUCAUUCAGACUCCUCCCAUUAGCCUGUCUGACCUGCACAAGUGCCAAUACGGGCUCCCCAAGGAUUAAUGUUCCUUAACCCGACUUGAUGUGCAGGGCCAAUAGAUUUAAUAUGUCUUCAUAUAAGCACAAAUAGUCCAAGCACAAACUCCUCCCACUGCAGGGUGGCAAAGCUAAAGUGGGAAGUCCCAAGUUUGCCACUCCCAUUGCAGGAUGAUGGGAGCAACCUGGCCAACCAUGUAUGGGACAUGGGGUCUGCCCCUCCCACAACAGAGUGACACAAAGGGGAAGUAUAGGACAUGGGGUCCAAUUUGAUUGGAUACAUAUUUGAUAACCGCCUUCCCCAGUAGGGUGAGAGAAAUGAGUGAGGCCCAUGCCCCCCCUUCUCUAUGCUUUACAUAUAUGCCCAGCAGUGGCCCUCCCAUUAUGGAAUGCCCCCCCCACUAUAGCCUUUCUGUUGCCAUUUCUAGACCAUGUGACCUGAUAUUGGCCCCCUGCUUGCCUGAGAUAGGCAGAGGGGUCCUUGUCUUGUGCCAAAGCCAAUGAUGGGCCCCGAGAUGGGACAAAGCAAUCGCCUGUACCAAAUAUCUACUAACAGGAUUCUAAUGGCAAUAAAAUAUCUCUGUAUCUAUUUCA